CCGGCUUAGUUGGUUUCCUGCUCCGGUAUGCGGUCUUCAUGCAAUCUUGCAUUUCUAGUCUGUUUAUGAGGUGCAAAAAUUUUUAAAUUUCAAAAUAAAAACGUAAAAUACAAUACAAAAAAAAAAAAUACAAAAUUGUAUAAACAAAAAAUAUGCGCGUAUAAAAACACGAAAAAGCGAAGAUAAGGAGGAAACGAGUUAUAAGCGUCCGUAAAAAUAUUUUGUAAUUUUCAACAUUACACUUUCGGCAAUUUUCUUGCUAUGUAUUUGUUUUUAUUGUGAGCCGAGUGUUAGUUAACUUUUAUUUUGGUUUUAAUGCCUUGAUAAUUAAAAAAAAAAACCAAACAUUAUUUGGGCUUUAAUUUAUUGCUCAGCUUUGCGCUUAUACAAACGUUUGUUGAUCAAUUCCGUGCGGUGUGGCUGCGAUUUACGAUCGAUCAAAGUUGAUAUGCCUACGAUUUUCGCAAUAAAAGUAAGGCAUAACAAUUGAAAAAGAAGUGGAAAGACGCCAAACGUCUGCUGAGAUCUAUUAUUUUGAGUUUCACAAGCAAACAGAAGGCGUGAUCAUCAUUAGAACAACAACCAAAGCAACAUUAAGUAGCUGAGAAGAAAACCACCCUUCCCAUUGCGGUUGUGCUAAUCAACAAACCAAUAACAUCGUAGUUAUAGCUGUUGUUGUUACAAAAAGCCGCCAAAAUUGGUCGCCUAACGAAAACCUCAUUUGUGCUCAACGACUACAAGGACGACGACAUGGGUUUCAGUUCGCGCAUGGAUUGCUGCGGGCAAUUCGUCAAGUACAGCCUUUUCAUCUCGAAUUUAGUAAUAUUUAUCGGUGGCGCAACUGUCUUCACGCUUACACUCUGGACCCUGGUCGAUCGCAGUUUCAUGAACGAGUUGUUGGGCACGAAUCUAUUUUCGGGUGCUGUUUACGUAUUAUUAGUCACUUCGGUAGCGAUUUGUUUACUCUCGUUUUUGGGUUGUGUGGGAGCGGGUAAAGAGGUCAAAUGUUUGCUGUUAACGUACUUCAUAAUUGUGGCAUUGGUGUUUGUGACGAUGCUAAUCGGUGGCAUACUGGGCUAUGUCUUCAGAGAACGCGUACAGCAAACGAUGCGACAAGAAAUGCGCGCCACCAUGGCUCUCUAUGGAAGCCGUCGUGAUGUCACCAUGGCUUGGGAUCAAACGCAGGAGCGUCUGCAGUGCUGUGGUGUUGACACUUGGCACGAUUGGAAUCGUUAUGGACCCGUACCGGAAUCUUGCUGUCAGGAAUUGUUUGGAGGUCAACGUAAAGAAUGCAGCAUAUUUCCAACCAUCACAAAUCUCUACAGUCAGGGUUGUUUGUAUGUGACAACAAACUUUAUACGCGAUCAUGCGGCAUUAAUUGGCGGCACGGCCAUAGCGGUGGCCAUAUUAAUGAUAUUCGGCAUGAUAUUCUCAUGCCUGUUAUUCAAUAUGAUUGAAUAAUGGAAGGCGUUGAGAGUUCUUAUGAGGAAGAUGGGGAAGAGAAAAAAAUGAGAAGGCACAUACAACUGAUUAGCAAUUUAAAGCGCUUACACACAUACACACACACCAACUCUUAUACACACAUGCAUUCAAAGUCGCAUAUACUUCAAAGUAUAAACACACAUUUUUUAACACAAAAUACACUACACACACACACAACCACUCAAAACAUUACUUAAGAGGAAAAUAUUGAACAAUGAGCAAAAUCGAAAGCAAAAUCUAAAUUUAGCGCUAAUAUAGUUAGCCUGAAAGUAUGCAUCUAUAAUCGCGCAAAUUCGCGCGUUUUUCAGCAACUCUUACCAUACCUCUAUACAUAUAUACAUAUAUGUACAUAUGUUUGUAUAUAUAAGUAAUUGUAGGCAGGAAAUAUUUCUUCGUUGUCUCAUUUUUCACGCUCACUUUCAUUUAGUUUUUAGACUUUUAAGCAACAACAAAAAAAGGUUGUUUAUAUUGCCUGUAAAUUUUGCGAUACAAAUCGCCAUUGAUGCAAAAAAAAAGUAUUAUUUUCGAAUUUGUAAGUGAAUAUAACUACGCUCGUAUACUUUAGUACUAAUUUUGGCAUUGUUAUGAGGCGCGCUGAAUAUGUCAUUAUUUUUAUUUGUAAAAUAGUUGUAUGUACAUUUGUACUAAAUGUUUUGCGUUCCAAAGGAGCGCUGGGUUGCCUAAAAGUAUGCUUCAACGAAAGAACGUUACUGCACGUGUUUAUAACACGCAAUGCGCUUUGUGCACUUCAAAAAACCAUGUAUAUACUUUUAAGCUGCUUUGAUUAGUUUAUGGCAUAAAACCAGUGGUUCUUCGAAAACUUCAUUCUAUGUACAAUUAUUUGUAAUUUUUUAAUUAGUUUCAAUACACAUAUACAUACAUAUACACUCGUUGAUAUUUUAGUAGUCUCCAUGCAAAAAUUAAAUAAACUUACUUACAUAUAUAAUAUUAGUCUAUAAAAUAAUUGAAUGAAAGUACAUUUCAUUAUAUUACCCUUAUUUUAGCAUGUAAAUUAUAUAAAUGUAAUACAAAUGUACCCUUACCCAAUACAAUACAAUAUUCUUUGCGUACUUAAAUGUAUUUUUAAUGCAGUACUCGGCAGCUCUGUAAAAUAUCGUAAUUCUAUAGAUCUUGUAUUCUGUAAUUAAAAAAUCUGUUUCUUGCAUUGUAUGUAUGUACUCGAAUAUAAAUUAUAAAUAUAAAUAAUAAAUGUACUCGUAGUAAUACUGAUGUUUGUUAAUGAAUAAAAGUCAAAUAACUAUUGUUAAACUACA